AUGCAGCGGGCCGCGCUCUUCCGCGGCGGCGAUGCGCAGAUGGCCGCCGGGGACCUGGGCGAGCUGCUCGUCCCCUACAUGCCCACGAUCCGGGUGCCCAAGUCAGGGGACCGGGUCUACAAGACGGAGUGUGCCUUCUCCUACGACUCUCCCGAUUCAGAAGGAGGUCUCUAUGUGUGCAUGAACACGUUUCUGGGAUUUGGAAGGGAGCACAUCGAGAGGCAUUACCGGAAAACAGGACAGUGUGUCUAUCUGCACCUGAAACGACACGUGAUAGAGAAGGUACCAGGAGCAUCUGGUGGAGCUUUACCAAAAAGGAGGAAUGCCAAGCUAUAUUUAGAUCUGGAGAUAAGCAGUGAUCUCAACAGUGAUGACUUUGAGUAUGAGGAUGAAGCAAAACUUGUUAUCUUUCCUGAUCACUAUGAAAUCUCACUACCCAACAUAGAAGAGCUACCAGCACUGGUGACGAUAGCUUGUGAUGCACUCCUCAGUGCAAAAUCACCCUACAGGAAGCAGGAACCUGACUCCUGGGAAGAAGAGCUGCAGGCAUCUAAACAUGCUAAAACACUUGUACAAUUAGACAAUGGUGUUAGAAUUCCUCCCAGUGGGUGGAAGUGCUCCAAGUGUGACCUGCGGGAGAACCUGUGGCUGAACCUGACUGAUGGUUCUGUGCUCUGUGGGAAGUGGUUCUUCGAUGGCAGUGGGGGCAAUGGACAUGCCAUGGAGCACUACAAGGAGACAGGUUAUCCCCUGGCAGUGAAGCUGGGAACCAUCACUCCUGAUGGAGCAGAUGUCUAUUCCUUUGAUGAAGAGGAGCCGGUUUUAGAUCCACAUAUAGCAAAACAUUUGGCACACUUUGGAAUUGAUAUGCUGCAGAUGCAAGUGACAGAGAAUGGGCUAAGAGAUAACGACAUAAAGCCAAGAGUCUCAGAAUGGGAAGUGAUUCAGGAAGCUGGCGUGAAGCUUAAGCCCAUGUAUGGCCCAGGAUACACUGGCAUGAAGAACCUGGGAAAUAGCUGCUACCUCAAUGCUGUCAUGCAAGCCAUUUUCAGCAUCCCAGAGUUCCAGCGAGCGUAUGUGGGAAACCUUCCACGAAUAUUUGACUACUCCCCUCUUGAUCCAACACAAGAUUUCAACACUCAGAUGGCUAAACUGGGACAUGGCCUCCUUUCAGGCCAAUAUUCUAAGCCACCCAUGAAAUCUGAGCUUAUUGAGCAGGUGAUGAAAGAAGAACACAAGCCUCAACACAAUGGAAUAUCUCCUCGAAUGUUCAAGGCUUUUAUAAGUAAAGGCCACCCAGAAUUUUCCUCUAAUAGACAACAAGAUGCACAGGAAUUUUUCCUACAUCUUAUAAAUCUAGUAGAGAGGAACCCUGUGGGUUCAGAAAACCCCAGUGAUGUUUUCCGGUUCCUGGUGGAGGAGCGCACGCAGUGCUGCCAGUCCAGGAAGGUGCGCUACACGGAGAGGGUGGACUACAUCAUGCAGUUACCUGUGGCCAUGGAGGCAGCAACAAACAAAGAUGAAUUAAUUGCCUAUGAAUUGAAGAGGCGAGAAGCAGAAGCUGCAAGGAGACCUCUGCCAGAGCUGGUCCGUGCCAAGAUCCCAUUUAGAGCAUGUCUGCAGGCCUUUUCUGAACCAAGCAAUGUAGAGGAUUUCUGGAGCAGUGCCCUUCAAGCAAAAUCUGCAGGAGUUAAGACUUCCCGUUUUGCUUCCUUUCCUGAGUACUUAGUGGUGCAGAUAAAGAAAUUCACCUUUGGCCUUGACUGGAUACCCAAAAAGCUUGAUGUUUCUAUAGACAUGCCUGAUUUCCUGGAUAUCAGUCACCUUCGGGCCAGGGGGCUCCAGCCAGGAGAAGAGGAGCUCCCAGACAUUGCUCCUCCCAUUGUCAUUCCUGAUGACCCAAAAGAUCACAUGGCGAACCAUUUUGUGGAGUCCCUAGAUAUUGAUGAAUCUUCAGUUAUGCAGCUGGCAGAGAUGGGCUUUCCUUUGGAAGCAUGUCGGAAAGCUGUGUACUAUACAGGCAACCUGGGUGCUGAAGUUGCUUUCAACUGGAUCAUUGCACACAUGGAAGAACCAGACUUCGCUGAGCCAUUGGUCACACCUGCAUUUGGAGAAGUUGCUUCCAGUGGGGCAGCUGCUUUAGGAGCUGUAGGGCUAGAUAACCAGCCUCCUGAAGAGAUGGUUGCAAUUAUCAUUUCCAUGGGAUUCCAAAGGAAUCUAGCGAUUCAGGCGCUGAAGGCGACAAACAAUAACUUGGAGCGUGCACUGGAGUGGAUCUUCAGCCACCCUGACCCUGAGGAAGAAAGCGACCCUGCCUUGGACACGAUGGAUAUGGAGAACCAUGCUAAUGCCAAUAUCCUUGCAGACACAGGGUCUGAGGGACCCAGGAUCAAAGAUGGCCCUGGAAGGUAUGAGCUGUUCGGGUUCAUCAGCCACAUGGGAACAUCCACAAUGAGUGGCCACUACGUUUGUCACCUCAGAAAGGAAGGAAGAUGGGUGAUCUACAACGACCUUAGAGUCUGUGCCUCAGAGCGACCUCCCAAAGAUCUGGGCUACAUUUAUUUUUACCACAGGAUACCAAGUUAG